AUGGUGCAGCAGAUGGACAGCAAGGAAGAUUUUCAGGCAACCUUGAAAGAUGCUGGAGGUAAACUUGUAGUAGUUCAUUUCUCAGCCACGUGGUGUUGGCCUUGCCAAAUGAUCAAGUCUUUCUUCCAUUCCCUCUCUGAAAAGUGUAACAAGGUGGUGUUCCUUGAAGUAGAUGUGGAUGACUGUCAGGAUGUUGCUGCAGAGUGUGAAGUCAAAUGCAUGCCAACAUUUCAGUUUAAUAAAAUGGGACAAAAGGUGGGAGAAUUUUGGUGCUAA